AUGUCCAGUCAGCGUCUUGUCCUAGGCCUCCCACGUGUCUUGCCGUCGCUGCCGCCUUCGCUUGCGCCGCCGUGUGGUCCCUGCGUCGAGGGUCGGCUGCGCGCCACCCCUCACUCCUCCUCCCUACGUCCGGCCACCGAGCCUUUUGAGACGCUUCACUUGGACGUCUGGGGCCCCGCCCCUCGUCUAGGCCCUGAGCAUGAGCGUUACUUUCUGGUGGUCGUUGACGACUUCUCCCGCUACACCACAGUGUUCCCUCUGGCGAAGAAGUCUGAGGUGACUUCUACGCUGAUCAGGUGGUUGCUCACCACCAAGGACACUCGGGGUCGUCGUGUCAGCUGUCUCCACUCCGACCGUGGGGGUGAGUUUCGCUCCGGCAUUCUCGCUGGAUUCUGUCGCGAGCAGGGCAUUCGUCAGUCCUGGACGCUUCCAGAGUCCCCACAGCAGAAUGGGGUUGCUGAGCGCCGCAUAGGCCUGGUCAUGGAGAUCGCCCGCACCUCCCUGACUCACGCCUGUGCCCCCCAUUUUCUGUGGCCCUACGCGGACUCCUCUGACUUCACCUUUUACCACCCUCCCUCUCACCGGUUCUUUGACUCCCGUGACGUCCGUUUCGAGGAGUCCACUCCGUACUACGUCAGGUGUGUCCCAGGCUACCCCUCCUCCUUCGGUAGCCCCUCCGGUACAGCCUCCCUCCCCACAGUCCUCCUCGCAGCGUGCCGCUGGUGCUAG